CUCCUUCUUCCCCACAUGAAUAUUUUAACUUUCUGCACUUUGUCUUCUUCCUGCCUCCUUCAGUCUUACAUGGAGGAUCACCUGAAGAACAAAGACCGCCUGGCGAAGGAAUGGGAGGCUCUGUGUGCUUAUCAGGCUGAGCCCAACGCAACCGCCACCGGCCUGAAGAACGGCAAUGCAAAGAAGAACCGCUCCACUGCUGUGGUGGCAUAUGAUCACUCCAGAAUCACCUUGAAGGUGGAGAACAGCCAAGCCAACUCCGACUACAUCAAUGCCAGCCCAGUAAUGGAUCAUGAUCCCAGGAACCCGGCUUACAUCGCCACUCAGGGUCCCCUGCCCUCCACUGUGGCUGAUUUCUGGCAGAUGGUGUGGGAGAACGGCUGUGUGGUCAUCGUCAUGCUGACUCCUCUGGUGGAGAACGGGGUGAAGCAGUGCUACCACUACUGGCCCGACGAAGGAUCCAACUUGUACCACAUCUACGAGGUGAACCUCGUGUCUGAACACAUCUGGUGCGAUGAUUUUCUGGUCCGGAGCUUCUACCUGAAGAACAUGCAGACCAACGAGACGCGCACCGUCACUCAGUUCCACUUCCUGACCUGGCUCAACCAGAACGUCCCGGAGACCAGCCGGACCCUCCUCGACUUCCGCAGGAAAGUUAAUAAGUGCUACCGGGGUCGCUCAUGUCCCAUCAUAGUCCACUGCAGUGACGGUGCAGGAAGAACUGGGACCUACAUCCUGAUCGACAUGGUCCUCAACAGGAUGGCUAAAGGUGCCAAGGAGAUUGAUAUUGCAGCCACUCUGGAGCACCUGCGGGACCAGAGGCCAGGAAUGGUCCAGACCAAGGAUCAGUUUGAAUUUGCGUUGACGACCGUGGCUGAAGAGGUGAACGUGAUCCUGAAGGCUCUUCCUCAGUAGAACGAAGACGCUUCCUGCUGGAGAAUCGCUCCUGUUGUCCAGUUAUUCCCUGUCUUGUUAUUUUGAAGUUUUAAUUCUCCAGCUGUCCGUUAAUCUUGUCAAUUUUCUCGUCUUCGUCUCAUUAGAGUUCCUCUCUUUAUCCAUGUCCAUGUGGGUUUUUUUCUGUUUUGUCACAUUUUUCCAUAUUUUCUUGUCCAAACACCAUUUUGGUCUCCCAGCUCAUUUUCUCCUCUCCAUUUAAAUAUCGUCUUCUGGACAUUGUGGCCUGAAGGCUCUGAAUCCGUCCUGUACAUAGCUGGACUCUCCUUCUGUUGUCCUACAGCUUAUUUUCCAAAGUGACUCAGCAAAUUAGCACAUUUUGAUUGGCUGAUGUCUCAGAUUCAAUGUAUCAGUUUUGUGUUUGAUCAUGAGGAACCUCAUCAGUUGGGCGUAACAAGGUUUGGCAACAUAAUCCAACAAAAGUUGAGCUUUGUUUAUAAAAUUAGGAUAUUUUGUACAAAUAAAACAUGUGCUGGUUUUGGUCAGAAUAACUGAUUUCUGUCAAAUGGUAGUAAAUUGGCUCUUUGUUAUUUGCCAAACCUGAAUGUUAGACUGAACAUUGUGCAUCAGUAACUGUCAUGUUUGGUCUGAUUUUCAGUGCCAUGCUCAUGUUUCCAUGCAGUAUCUUAUAGAGCUGCAGUAACUUCAGUGUUGCUCAGUGGGUACAACUGAUUUCUCCUCCAGUUAAAGCUCCUUUCAUUUCACUGGGAUUAUAAUUUAGAAAACGAAACACGAUUCUAAUGUUAGAAAUGUGUUAUGAUUAUUUCGUUGUGGUAUUUCUAGUGUGAGCAAUGUUGUGUUUCUUCAACCUGAACUGAUAUCUUGUGUUCAACCAAUGUUGUGGCUCGUCAGUGAAGUUACACUCAUGUUUGCCUUAACAGAAAUAUUGUAGGAAGUCUGUAAAAAGCCACUUAGGUUGGUAAACCUACAUUUAAAUUGCCCUUAUUCCAAUUGAUUAUGGGUUAUUUGUGCUCAAUAUGACUGAAAAUGACGUAAAUGUAUUUUUGUUCUUGUGACUGUAUCAAAUAUCUGGGGUAAGGGGCAGAUAGUGGGUUUUAAAUGAGUGAAUUUAUUAUAAAAUGGUUUAGUUUUGCUUCUCCACAGAUCUUAUAUGUAGCAUAAAUGGAUGAUUUGUAAAUAUGCAGUAGCAGAAUCUGUUUUCCCUUAAAUGCAUCCUAAAAUUGUUUUGCUGAUGCUGUAAAUUAAAAAAAAAAAAAAAAAGCACAAGAAACCA